AUGAAGCUCGAUGCCAAGGCCAUUCGCUACCUCACCUCUGAGGAUUUCAAAGUUCUUGCGGCGGUUGAAGCCGGAAGUCGUAACCAUGAGGUCGUUCCUACGCCGUUGAUCUCGCAGCUUUCGGGCCUCCGAGGUGGCAGCGGUGUCAACCGCGCAAUCUCGAACCUCGCAAAGACGAACUUGAUCGCCAAAGUGAAGAAUGCCAAAUAUGACGGAUACCGACUCGCGUACGGAGGAUUGGACUAUCUCGCGUUGAACGCGCACCAGAAGCAAAAAGUCGUCUACUCAGUCGGCAACCAAGUUGGUGUUGGAAAGGAAUCAGACAUUAUCGUGGUGGCACACAGCAGCGGAGCGCAACGCAUUCUCAAAAUCCACCGUCUCGGCCGUAUCUCUUUCCGAACCGUUAAGACGAACCGCGACUACCUACGACACCGACACACAAGCUCAUGGAUGUACAUGUCGAGAUUGGCAGCGAUGAAGGAAUUUGCAUUCAUGAAAGCCCUACGCGAGAACGGAUUCUCGGUCCCCGAGCCCAUCGCCCAGAACCGACACACCAUCGUUAUGAGUUUGAUUGAUGCUUUCCCGCUGCGUCAGAUUUCCAGAGUGCCCGAACCGGCUGCGCUAUACUCUGAGCUUAUGGACAUGAUCUUGGAGCUUGCCCGAUUCGGUUUGAUUCACGGUGAUUUCAACGAGUUCAACAUUCUUAUCAAGGAAGAACAAGACCCUAGUGCGAAGGGCAAGGCACCUGCUACUGAAGAGGAAGAAGAUGAGAAUCUCCGGCUGGUCCCGGUUCUUAUUGAUUUCCCGCAGAUGGUUUCCAUUGACCAUACCAACGCUGAGAUGUACUUUGACCGUGAUGUUGAAUGUAUCAAGCGGUACUUCAAGCGCAAGUUCCACUUCGUCAGUGAUAUCCCAGGUCCUUCUUUUGCCGAUGCUAGAAAGAAGCUCCUCAAGAACCCUGGUAAGCGUCUGGAUGUCGAAGUUGAAGCCUCAGGCUUCUCACGGAAGAUGGCCCGUGAGCUCGAAGCGUACAUGAAAGACGUUGGAGCCACCGGUGAUGGAGAAGGUAGGGAUGAUGAAGAUGAGGAUGAUGAGGAAGAAGAGGAGUCAGUAUCUGAGGAAGAGGAAGCAGAUGACACUCCCGAGAACAAGGAUUCGGGAGAUAUCGACGACAACACCAAGCGGUUAGAAGAACUUCGAGUCUCGGAGUCAUCGGCGCAGUAA